AUGGAGGGAAACAUAGUCAGUAGCAAUGAAAGGUACCAUAAACCCAAGUCCCCUGGCCCGCACACGGCACAAAGAUACUCGCAACCCAUCCCAGCACAAACCACGAAGUCCCCGCGCACGGAGGGAGGCGCAACACGCUCCCAACGGUCGACACGCCAACCCCGCCCACAGACCCCUGCAAAUACACCCCCCUCCUUCCUGGAGAGCGCGGUGGCUAAAGUAGGGAGGGUAGCCCAGUCGGUCACCAGCACAUCCCCGGCAAAAACCAAGAGCGUACUCGUAGGCAACAAAAAGAGGGCACUGGACGCAGAACGCACGACCACCCCAACCCCACAAUCAUACAACAACGAAGCACGAAGCAUAGGCAAUCAGUUCGACCCGAGCCAUCGCCCACCGUGGGACGAAGACAUAGAGUCGACAGGCGACGAAGGGGAACAGGGAGAAAUUGACCAAAACUCCAUGCAAACCGACAGCUUCAGCAUCCUCGCGGACCGCCUCGAAGACGGCGACAAAAGGUUCAAAAACCUAUACAGCUCCCUCGUAGAAGCCGGCAGCCUUGUGCAAUCCCUGGAAAGCGAUGGAAUGCUGGGCAUUAUAAAGGCUGACCCAAAAAUCACAGGAUGCCUGACAGAACAGCCCUACAAAAUCAUCAUGGAACAACAGGCGACACUCACACAGGCAAUGCACGAGGUCAUCAGGACCAUGGCCUCACACAUGGAGAAAACCGAAGCCAUUGGAGACAAAGUCGAGCGUAUGAGGGAAGAGACAACGUUCAACUUCUCGGCAAUGGCUGAGCAGCUCAAGGUGCUCGAAACAGCAAAUAACGCCACCCAAACCCGAUUCAAAACCCUCGAUGAGAUAGUAGGAAACACAAGCCCACAGAACACGGGAACGGCCAAGAACACAAGCUUCACCACAAGUUACGCGACCGGCCCCCUUCCCAAACCAAAAGGAAAGACAGUCAACAAUCCAGGACAAGAGAAGCCAAACACAAAUCCGGCAGCAGCCCACCACCUAAGCCGCGCCGUCAUACGCUUCCUCCCAGACGGAAUACGGGAUGAAGACCGCAUGGAACCAGCCCUAAUCGUCAGCACGAUAAACAACGCCCUCGCAAACUCACAGUCUCUCAAAGCCAAACACAUCAGGGCGGUAACGGCGUCAUAUAACAACCAGGGUAACCUUAUCGUCUCAACACGCGCAGACCAACUUGCAGCAGACCUUCUACAGUAUGCAGAAUUAUUCAUUCCACUAAUUAACCAGGGAUACGAAACGAGCGCCAGAGAGGACAAGCGGUGGUUCAAGAUCCAAAUUGAUGGGGUCAGCACACACACCAUGACACGCUUCGGGCCCAGAUCCGUCAUCUCCGCUGAAACAGUACACGAAGAACUCUUGGCUUGCAACGUCAUCUACGCACAGGCGAUAGACAACAUCGUUGCCCCCCCACGAUGGAUGCGAACACAGGAAGAGCUGGACAACACACUUAGGUCGUCACUCGUUUUCGCGGUGGACGAUGAAGAGGUGGCCAGGGGAAUUCUGCAAGGAAAGACACUGGCGGCCUUCGCACGACACUGCCCACUAAGGGCAUACCAAGAUAGACCCCCUGUCAAACAGUGUAAGAACUGCUGGGGAUGGGACCACAAGGCGGAAAAUUGCCCAAAUCCGACUAGGUGCAGGCUUUGCGCGGACAAUCACAAGGAAGAAGACCACCCUGCGGAACCAGAUUGCCGCAAGUGCAAAGCGCUCGAAGAAAGUGACGGACCACCCAGCAGAUGCCAGAAGGUGCCCCAUUCGGCUCGAGAAGUAUGGAACAGCCUGUGCCAAUGA